AUGCUGUUUCCUUGGCCAACGCGGCUCAACUUCGUCGUCGUCAUCAUCAUUGUCGCACUGAUCUUGUUCUACACAUCCUUCCGGGCACCUAUUCCCAAAGAGCAAGAUGUCGUCGAAAUCCCUGCUACCCCUCCCACCGGAUCGAACACGAAGCCAGCGACGAAGUCGAGCUAUGUCGAUGAUUCGAUAUACCAAGUGCAGAACGAGACGCUAGGUUUUCAAGAGAUAUACAUGAUUUCCCUGCCCGGGAGGACGGACAAACAGGAUGCCUUUGCGAUGCAGGCAGCGUUCUCGGACAUCGCAUAUACGCAGAUGGAUGGAGUCUACGGACAUGAAGUACCGGCGAAGGCUUUACCGCAUACGAUGGACCAGGCGGGUAACGUGAUCGGAUGUUGGCGUGCACAUAUGAAUGUUUAUCAACGGAUGGUGCAUGAAAAGGUGUCUAGCGCCCUGAUUUUCGAAGACGAUGCCGACUGGGACGUGGCGAUUAAGCUGCAACUCGUACAAUUCGCCAGAGGGUCAAGGUUCAUCACGAACACGACCCAGGAUGCAACACCUCACUCUCCCUAUGGCGAUGACUGGGACAUUCUGUGGAUAGGCCAUUGUGGUACUUGGGUGCUUCCUGACGACAACCGCCGGUUUUUCGUCAUUCCUGACGAUCCUACCACCGAACUACCACAAUUCCGGCAUGACAAUGUCGACCAGCCCAAGAUGACUCCUUGGGAAAAGGGUCCCGAUGGUGGAAAUCAUACGAGGAUAGUCUUUCGUUCCGAGGGAGCAGUGUGUACGGCGGCAUACGCCAUCUCCCAAAAAGGCGCACGGAAAGCUCUUUACCACAUGUCAAUGGUCCCGUACAAUAGUCCCAUCGACUGGGGCUUGGCCAACCUGUGCAAGAAUAAGGAGUACAACCUCACUUGCAUAUCACCGUGGCCUCAACUUGUUGGGGUAUCUCGACCAACCGCAAAUACAGCCAAAUGGAGCGACAUCGGUUAUGGUCCGGACGAUCAGAGACAGGUCGAAGAGGGCCAGUCACUACAUCUUGUGUAUCCCAUGCGUCAGAACAUUCCAAAUCUGCUUCAAGGGAAGGAGAUCUUUGACAGCAGGUAUCCCGACAUCGCCCCACCCAGGAGCAUUAGAGAGAUUGGAAGUGCAGUCGGCCAUAUUGAGAUUCUGGAACCCGAGGACGUGCCUGAGCUGGGCUGA